GAUCCGAAUUCAUAACCCAGCCCACACCACCCUCCAUGCCAACACAUUCAAAACCCUAACUUAUAACGCCUCACUUCCCCCUUUCAUUCCCCCAUAAACAAAAACACAAAGAGAGAGAAACAGGGGGUGGAAGACAGCAGAAGCAGCAAUGUCGAAGCGAGGACGCGGAGGAUCUGCAGGUAACAAGUUCAGGAUGUCACUGGGUCUUCCAGUGGCAGCGACAGUAAACUGUGCCGACAACACAGGAGCAAAGAAUCUUUACAUAAUUUCAGUGAAGGGUAUUAAAGGUAGGCUUAACAGGUUACCAUCUGCUUGUGUUGGUGACAUGGUUAUGGCCACUGUUAAGAAGGGUAAGCCUGAUCUUCGUAAGAAGGUUAUGCCUGCUGUUAUUGUUAGACAGCGCAAGCCUUGGCGCCGAAAGGACGGUGUUUUUAUGUAUUUUGAAGAUAAUGCUGGCGUGAUUGUGAAUCCAAAGGGAGAGAUGAAAGGAUCUGCUAUCACAGGCCCCAUUGGAAAGGAAUGUGCUGAUCUCUGGCCAAGAAUUGCAAGUGCUGCGAAUGCAAUUGUUUAAGAGAGAGCUCCUGCUCUCUGGUGCCAUAUCUACAAUUUCUAGAUAAAUUUGUGUUUAGAAGAAAUAGUUCGAAUUUUGUUAGGGUUAUACUUACUUUUCCUGGUUGAACUUUGAAAGGAUCUAAGUUGUCCAUGCUGAAGAAGGAACUCUGUGUUCAAUUGUUAUGUCUUAAAGGCCGACUCUUUCAAUUUCAUGGGAAUUUUGUUUGGAAGUCA